CCAAUCAUGUGGACUUCAACAGGAAGCUCAGAGUAAAUCCUACGCGGGAAAGCUGCUAAAGUUUUCAUCUGUUUACCGCUGGACGAGGGAACGGACCCCAAAAAUAUCAAGUGGACGGAGAAAAGUGGGCAUCAAGACGUACGAGGAUGAAGGUGGUGACGUGUGAGAUCGCCUGGCACAACAAGGAGCCGGUGUACAGUUUGGACUUCCAGCACCACGGAGAUGGACGGGUCCUCCGGCUCGCUACAGCCGGGGUCGACACCACAGUCAGGGUGUGGCGGGUGGACACGGGCCCAGACGGGAAGGCGGUGGUGGACUUCCUCUCCAACCUUGCCAGACACACCAAGGCCGUCAACGUGGUGCGCUUCAGCCCGGGCGGGGAGCUGCUGGCCUCCGGAGGCGACGACGCGGCCAUCCUGCUGUGGAAGCUCAACGACCAGAAGGAGCCCGAGUCGUCCCCGCUGUUCCAGGAGGAGGACGACUCUCUGCUCAACAAGGAGAGCUGGAGCGUGGUCAAAACCCUGAGGGGGCACAUCGAGGAUGUGUACGACAUCUCCUGGACGCGCGAGGGAACCUUCAUGGUGUCGGGGUCCGUGGACAACACCGCCAUCCUGUGGGACGUCGCCAAAGGUCAGAAGAUCAGCAUAUUUAACGACCACAAGAGCUACGUGCAGGGGGUGACCUGGGACCCCCUGGGGCAGUACGUAGCCACGCUCAGCUGCGACAGAGUGAUGCGGGUGUACAGCACUCAGACCAAGAAGAAGGCGUACUGCGUCAGCAAGAUGACCUCGGGGCCCCCCGGAGACGGCGAGACCAAGCCGUAUCGGAUGUUCCAUGACGACAGCAUGAGGUCGUUCUUCAGGCGCCUCACCUUCACCCCAGACGGCUCCUUCCUGCUGGCCCCAGCGGGGUGCGUGGAGGCCGGGGAGAACAUCACCAACACCACCUACGUCUUCUCCAGGAAGAGCCUCAAGAGGCCCAUCGCCCACCUGCCCUGUCCGUCUAAAGCCACCCUGGCCGUGCGCUGCUGCCCCGUCUACUACCAGCUGAGGACCAAGCAGGACGACGACGGCUCCACGGAGGCCCUCCCCAACGUGUUCCAGCUGCCGUACCGCAUGGUGCUGGCCGUGGCGUCGGAGGACUCGGUCUACCUGUACGACACGCAGCAGACGCUGCCCUUCGCCCUGGUGUCCAACAUCCACUACCACACGCUGAGCGACCUGAGCUGGUCCGGAGACGGCCUCUUCCUGGCCGUGUCGUCCACGGACGGCUACUGCUCCCUGGUGUCCUUCUCCCCGGGGGAGCUGGGCCAGCCGCUGAAGGAGCCCCCGGUCCUGGAGCUCUCCACCCCCACGCCGGGCCCCGAGAAGAAGGUCAAGAGGUCCGCCGGAGCCAGGACCUCCUCCCCGCUCCCGCAGCCGGCCCCCGCCACCCCGGGCCCCGUGGCCCCGGCGGCCCCGCCCGUCAGGGAGGCCCCGUCGACCCCCCAGGCCCCCCAGGCCUCCCCCUCGCUGGACAAGAGGAGCCGGGGGACGCCGACCGCAGCCAGCAAGGCCCCCCCGCGGAGGAUCACCCUCAACACCCUGGAGGGCUGGGGAAAGCCGGCCGGGCCCCGGGCCCCGGUCGAGGGCCCCCAGACCCCCACGCCCUCCACGCCCCAGCCUCGCCUGGGGCCCCUGACCCCCACCGGUGCCAAGGGCCUCCAGGGCACCAACUCUCCCGGGCCCACGACUCCCAAGGGGCCCACGACUCCCAAGGGGCCCUCCACUCCCAAGGGGCCCUCCACUCCCAAGGGGCCCUCCACUCCCAAGGGGCCUUCCACUCCCAAGGGGCCCUCCACUCCCAAGGGGCCCUCCCCCAGGCGCGUGGCCCUGACCCCGGUGGCCCUGCGCUCUCCGGCGGCCCUCUUCACGCCGUCCUCCAGCGAGAAGGCCCGGCACGAGCGGCCGUCCCCCCCCUCCGACCCAGUCUGCCUGCCCCCCGAGUCCAAGAGGCCCAAGACCACCGAGCCCCCCCCCAAGAAGGACGCCGCCAAGCCAUAGCGGCUCCCAGUGGCCACUGGGAGGAGGGUUGAGUGGGUACUGGGAGGAGGGUUGAGUGGGUACUGGGAGGAGGGUUGAGUGGGUACUGGGAGGAGGGUUGAGUGGGUACUGGGAGGAGGGUUGAGUGGCUACUGGGAGGAGGGUUGAGUGGCUACUGGGAGGAGGGUUGAGUGGCUACUGGGAGGAGGGUUGAGUGGGUACUGGGAGGAGGGUUGAGUGGGUACUGGGAGGAGGGUUGAGUGGGUACUGGGAGGAGGGUUGAGUGGGUACUGGGAGGAGGGUUGAGUGGGUACUGGGAGGAGGGUUGAGUGGGUACUGGGAGGAGGGUUGAGUGGGUACUGGGAGGAGGGUUGAGUGGGUACUGGGAGGAGGGUUGGGUGGGUACUGGGAGGAGGGUUGGGUGGGUACUGGGAGGAGGGUUGAGUGGAUACUGGGAGGAGGGUUGAGUGGAUACUGGGAGGUUGAUGGUCUGGAUUCCAUGAAAACAUGCAACUGAUGUACUUAGGAAGAUCUUGAUUAAAGGAUAAUGUCGUUGUUGUUGUUGUGUGGACCAACGAAGGUGUACAUGGUGAUGUUUGUUUGUUUUCUGCAUCUUAUCCAGCGGGGUAAUAGUCUGCGUCACCACUGUCUUUAUGAAGGGUCUGAUUGUUCUCAGUUGUUGUGGUUAGUGUUUUUGGUUUGUUUAAUCAAACGUCUGUAUUAUAUUGUGUGGAUAACCGUGACAUGCUAUGAAGAUUUUGUAAAAAGAGGAUUUUGAAUUGUGUUUUUCUUACCUGAACACUUGUAGCUCAAUAAAAUAACGUAUCUGA